GGAAGCGACCUGGAGCAAACCCAGAGCUGGGGGUGAGUGUGUGUGUAUGUGUGUGAGGAAAAUCAGUGCAGAAAAGUCGCGGCGCUUUUCUUCUUGUUUGUGUUACCGCUGUGCGUAUGUGUGUGUGUGCGUUGUAUGGUAAAGCGUUUUUCGUUGCUUUUUUCCAAACGACCACCGUGUGCGUGUGCGCACGCGCACACCUUCUCCUUCAGUGUGUGUGUGUACGUGUGGAAGGAGUGCAAAAAGAAAAACCUUUAAUAACGCCAGCCGGAAGGAACAAUAUAAAACACACACAUUCACAGAUACAAAUGCAUGGAAAACAGUUUAUAGUUGGGAAGAAACAUUUUUUUUGUUAAACUGGAUAGGAAUAUUUAGGAAAAUUGUGCCUCCGGGUGUUGCUUUUUCCCCCUUUAACCCAAACGUGGCGCCAGAGUAGAAGUUUGUUGGAUUAGCUAGAUUUUCAUAUGGUAGGAAAAGUAGGAAAGAUUUUCAUAAAGCUCUCGCUUAUCCCCCCAAAAAUCCUGCGGUGGUGUGAUGGUAUGUGAGAGAGUGAGAGAAAGUGUCGUUGGAGUUGGAGUUUGGUUCCGAAGUUCCCCGAUCCAACUUCUGCACCAACGUAUCACCAUUAUCCCGUCUUGCAAAACUUGGCCGCUUGUUUAUCUCCCGUAAAGUGCCGUCCCGUGACGUAAGAUCGUGUGUGGGCAACAACAAAAGGCAGGAAGGAAGUGUUUGUGUGCUUGGUUUUGUGUGUCCCCCCCGUCGUGAGGUUCUUCGCCACACUUUCUUCCUGUCCCUCCCCCCUCCCCGAAGCAUCGUGCCUCUCGAAAACGGCGUCCUGCGAAACAAUCAACCACUCAGCGAAAAGAAAAACCAUUUUGCUCACCCAAAUAAUCAUCGAAACCAAAGAAAAGCCAGCGUUUGGUGGACGCACUGGUGUUCGUGCACUGUCGCGCCUCUCUUGCUUUCCCCCAUUCGUGCCCGUGUCCCCGCGCGUGUGUGCGUGCGUGCCUACGUGUGCCCGUGUCCCGUGUCAUGAUGGUGUGUGUGCGUGGUUUUGUUGCAUGCAUGUGCGCGCGCGCGCGCUCGCGCUCGUGUACGUGCCCGUAAUUGUACACGUGUGUGUAAGUGUGUUAUGCAAAUCGCACUCGGUGUGUGCGAUCGACAGAACAACCCGAUCCGUAACCGCUGCCCGACACCUCUUCCUAGCCCCGUGUGCAAGGGCCAUAAUCGUUCGCACCCCCCGAGCACUGCUUGCAUACAGCGCCGGAAGAAUUGGCAAAAGAGUCGUCGAGGCGCCGCAGGUCGUCCCGGUAACGGUAGAACCUACGUGUGUGCGCAAGAGUCGGGAAAAGGGAGGAAGAGGAAGAAGAAGGUGUGGGGGUAAUGGUGUAGUGUAGCGGUCUCUGCAAAACCUCCAGGUCUCGCUAAGUGAAGCUGUGUGCGCAGGUGUGUCCUUCUAUUCUGCAGCGUGCCUGUCUCUCCAGCCAGGAAAGGAAUAAAUUAAAAUAAAUAACACGGAAGGCGAAUAUAUCCCCUGACUAGACGCAGGAAGGCCCCAGACACGUUCCAUGACUGUAUCGGGGCGCUGUGUGCCUGCGCGCGCGCGUGUGUGUGUGUUUGAUUUGUGCAUAAAAAAUGUGCGUCGAAAUGCAGAGUGAGCAUCAGUGAAAAGGAGCGAAGAAAUAAAAAAAAAGAGAGAAGCAGUUCACAGAAGAAAAAAGAAGGCAGUGUGCUACCAAGAAAAGUCUCUAAGAAAACGUGUUGGUCGUCGUAAAAAGUUUGUGCUUUUUUUCUGUUUCGUUUUUUUCGGUCGCUUUCGCGUUCGGGUGUUUUCGCGUGGUUUUCGGUUUUCCUAUCCGCGCUAUCGAUCCGCGCGUAUGUCCCGGUGGUCGCGGCGCGCCUGCUUCCGUUUCGUUUCCGGUUCCGGUUCCGUUUCGCGGCUAGUGUAACGCGGUUCGUGUGAGUGUGUGUGUGUGUACGCACGCGGCGCGGGUACCUAUGUGCGUGCGGUUGUUGGACUGCCGCCAGUCGUCCUCGCCGUCGCCGCUGUUGCCGCCGCCGCCGCCGUCGUCGUUGUUGCUGUGGUGUGUCCCAGCACAACUGAAACGUACGACGGGUCGUCCCUGUGGCUGCUGCAAUACACGUGGCACCGUCGCCACCUUCUUGGCCGAUAGCUUUGCUGACCGGUCGGCAAAACGGCCGCUUGUCAGCCGCCACACCGUACCUCGCCGAGGGCGUUCGGUGGCGAUCCGCCGCCACCACCACCACCCAGCACAACCGCAAGUGACACGGUGCGCCGUCACAGUGUCUGUUGGUGUCGUGCGCGAACCCACCCAAACACAACACACCCACCAAAGCAUCUAGAAUGCAGUGUCGCCGGGGUUGAAACGACGAGCCAGCGAUGGAGAUACAUGUGAAGCAGUGCAAGCAGCGCAACAAACGACGGGAGCGCGCCCAACGUAUGAUCGCCGAACGGGACAAGGAUGCGGCCGCGGACGGUACCGGGAACCGAGAUCCGGACGACAGUGCGGACGACGACAGUGGGCCGGUCAGUCGGGAGAAACCGCACCGGCCACCCGUCCGGCGGAAGCGCAAGGAGAAGGAACCGUCGCCCGUGCUCGAGGAGGACAUUAUCGAUGGGUUCGCGAUUCUCGCGUUCAAGACGUACGAGGAUAUUGAGUUUGCGAUAAAGGUCGCCAACAAGCGCAAUGAGAAGCGUUUGUCAUCGAUCGUGGAACUGACAACUGUGAUGGUGCCGGAGGAGAAGCCACCGAAGAUAAUCGACACCACGCCGUCGAAGCUGGCGGAUAAAUCCCUCAGCGGUGGUGUGCCGGUGGUGACGAACAAGAACAACAACAGCAUAAAUAAUAGUGAGAACCAUUCCGCAACCGCCGCUACCGGUGGCGCCACCACCGGUGCGGGUGGAGUCGUCGGUGGAGCAUUGGUAAGCAACGCGAACGGUGGCGACUGGUCGUCGGUCAACAGUGCUCACCAUCAGCUGCAUCAUCUGCAGCAGCAGCAACACCAUCUACACCAUGGUGUAGUGGGACCACCGGGAGGUGGAGUCGGUGGAGGAACCGCUGCUGAACGCACCCCGAACGGGGAAGGCGUUAUGCUACACAACUCCAGCCCGACCGGCACCAGUGCGGUUGGUGGAGGUGUGGGCGGCGUCGCUGCGACACGUGGCACCGGUGGCGAUAUGGGUUUGAUGCCGACGAACGGUGGUACCCCCGGUGCCGGGACCAAUCAUCACAAUCAUCUCCACAACAGCCACGGUCACCAUAAUCAUGGGCUGCACAACCAUAAUCACCUGCAUCCGCAUCAUCAUAGCAGUCGGAACCACACCAGCAGUCACCAGCCGCAGCAACAGCAGCAACAACAUUCGCCACAGCAGCAACAGCAGCAGCAGCAGCAACCAUUCGCAUCGGUACACCACCAUGCCCAUCACAACCAUCAUGUGGUUAGUAAUGGGGGGAGUGUGCUGCCAUCCGGCGCAACGGCGCCCGGUGGUUUGGAAGGUGGUGUGGUCGGUAAUGCUAGCACUACUAGCGCCACUAACGGUGUCAACGGUGAUACGGGCACGAUUGGCACGAUGCCCGCAGGCAAUGGGCAGACGAACAGUGUGAACGUAACGCCCGGGGGUAACGCUAACAGUCGGAGUAGCAAUAGUAAUAACAGUAGCAGCAGCAGCAGCAGCAGCAGCAGCAGUAACAGCAGCAGCAGUGGUAAUAGUAGCAGCAGCAGCGUUAGGGUUGCCAACAGCAACAAUCGAAACAGCAGCAGUAGUAAUGUGCCGGCUAGUGGAAACAGUAGCAUCAGUAUGAACAGCAGUAGCAAAAACCAUAGCAACAUCUGUUCACAAAAUAAUCUCAGCAUUGCCGCCAUUAUUGCGAAUGGUCCGCCACGUCGAAACGUGAACGGUAGCAGUGCUGCGAACGGUACCGUCGGUCCAACCGGCAACACCACGAACGGUAUCAGCGGGACUAACAGGAGCAGUAGCAACAACAGUACUGCCAGCAAUACCAGCAGUAGUACCGGUGGCGGUACUACCUUGAAUACACAUCAUCCAAACCACCAUCAACUUCAUCAUCCGCAUCAUCAUCACCAGCAUCAGCAGCAACAACAACAACAGCAGCAGCAGCAACAGCAAAGUCACCACCUUCAUCAUCAACAACAACAGCAGUCGCCUCAUCUUCAACAUCAUCCUCACCAUCAACAGCACCAUCAACAUAAUCAUCAUUUAUCAGCGGUACAUAAUCUUUCUCUAUCUUCGAUCAUCGAUCCGGGCACGUCCGACGAUAGUGGGCGCGCCUCGGAGCGACUGACGACGUCCUCUGUGGCCCAGCGGGAUCCGGACAGUUCGCGAGACCGGCUCAGCGAUGCAAGCAGUCGCUGCAGUUCCGGUAAAGGGUAUAUCUGUGAUAGCGAAGGAGACGACGACAAGGUAUCGAAUGGACCAUUGGGUACGCAUUUGACACCGAUCGUUGGUGGUGGCCACCAGGCAGCGGCGUCUCCACAGCAGCAACAGCAACAUCAAGGAUCGCAACAGCAGCCACCACAGCCGUCCGCCUCACCGCAGACGGCCGGUAUAAGCAAUAAGCCACUGUUGCCGACCGCCUCUGCCAAGAUUCCGGCCGCCGGUGUCCUGCUGCUCAGCACAACGGCGGCCGCUACCUCCGUAACGACAGCAAUAUCAACCACGCAGAAACAGCAACAGACGCCGCUGGUAAGCAGCUCACCGCAAUCUCCGGCCCAGCCGUCGUUGGCGGUUUCAUCACCGGCGGGCAACAUUCAGGCACCGUCAACACCGAUACAAUCUCAACCACCUUUAUCGCCCCAGCAGCAACAACAGCAGCAGCAGUCGCAGCAAUCGCAGCAGCAGACGACGACGUCCACCUCCAGCGCUAGUGGAUCGUUGAAAUCAGUAUUUCUUGGAGUGAACGCAGGACCGAAUGGUGGCGCUGGGAACACCACCAAUACGCUUAUGUCGCCGGUGGCCGCCGGCGGUGCGGCUACCAACUUCUCGAAUAGUUUAGGACCGGGCGGUCCAGGAUCGGUCACCUCCAACAGUCAUCAUCUAAGCGGGAGUUUGGCAGGCGUGGUCGGCCCGAACGCUGCCGGUGUGGGUGUGGGUAGUAGUGCGAGUAGUAACGGUAGUGCGGCUCCAUCCUCACUGCCCGUUUCCGUACCGCACACACCGCCAGCCGCCACGCCAGCAACAGCCGCCGGUCAAACGGGAGCCGUACAUCCAUCUCUCGAAAAUACCACUGUCGCCACCUCGUCCUCCUCGUCCUCCUCAUCCUCCUCUUCGUCUGCGGCGGCGGCCGCAGCAGCGGUGGCGGCUGCUUCGGCAGGUGGCUUACGUACCAACAGCCCUGCUGUGCCUGGUGCCGGUAACGUGCCAUCAUCAUUAUCGGCGACACCCAGUGGUCCAAACACUGCCUCCUUACUCAACGGUAAUCAUGCGGCGGCGGUCGUGGCGGCAGCCGCUGCAGCCGCCCAUCCUUCCAUGAUGAUGGCGAACGGACUCGGAGGUUUGCCGCCGGCCUACCGGGCUUAUCCCGGCUACCCGAUUUACUCACCAUACGGCAGCUUUCAGCACAACCCUUACCUACCACCGUCGGUCACCUCGCCAAAUCUGUCUCCGCGGCUCCAUCCCGCCCUCACGCCCAUGCCCCACACGCUCAUGGGUCUUGGGUUGAUGGACGCCCGGUUACAACCGCCACUGGGUGCGGGCCCUACCAGCAACGGUCCUGCCGGUCGCCCAUCCGACCGUGAUCCCUCGCCACUGAUAGGGGCCGCCCAGCAGCAGCAACAACAACAACAACAGGCAGCUGCAGCGAUAGCCGCCGCGGCAGCGGCAUCAGCCUCACAGCAGAAGGUGCGACCGAUCACACCGAACACCAACUCGAGCUCGAGCAAUAGUUCGUCCUCGUCGGCAUCCUCCUCUUCCGCAUCGUCCGUGGCCAGCAGUAGUACGUCUUCCGUAACGAUCGUCUCGAGUACGGCACCGUCGGGUGGCGGAGCCGCCGCGACCACCACCGACUCGUCACUUCCUUCGCAUUCCUCCCAGCUGUCGCAUCCACCCGUACCACACCCGGGAAUGCAUCUUGGCGGUGGCCCACCCGGGAGUGGUGGUGGGUCCGUUGUACCACCUCCACCACCUCCCCACCAUCAUCUACUGCCACCGACGCAUCCGGGCGCAGGUGGUCCGGGCAUAUCUCCACUGCUCGUUGGCCACCAUCAUCAUCCACUUGUGGUCGGUGGACCACCACCACCACCACCGGGACUUAUAGCACCCGGUGGUCCUCCUUCUCAUCUGCACGGUAGCAGUGGUGGCGGUGCAAACAGUAUUAGUGGGCACCCGCAACCGCCCUCCUCCAGCAGUAGUAACAACAACGGUGGCAGCAACAGCAACAGUAGUAGUAGUAGCGGUAGCAGCGGCAACAUGAUUGUCUCUUCGCGUCCUCACUCGCCCCGGGGUCACAGUCCGAACAGGGAAAGAGAUAGCUAUAGUAGUAACGUAAGUAGUUUAUCACGCUCUACACCCGGUUCCACGACGAUACCUCCGUACAGUGGCGUAGGUGGGCCUCCGACGAGCAUUGCUGUAGCGGGUGGUCCUUCGCCAGUGCUGCCUGGUGCGUUCGGUGGCAGCGGCGGUCCCGGAGGGCAUCAUUCGACCGCCCUAGGCGCGUCGUCGAUGGCCAUGUCGGUCGUCUCUUCUAGUCUCACUUAUCCUAAAACUACACUGGCGAUCGGAGGCAGCAUCAUGUCUUCCUCCUCCUCCUCGUCCACCUCCUCCUCGACGGUGCCGUCCGGCAGUGGGGGCGGUGCGGGAGGGCCGGGUGUGCCUCCAGGAUGGCCGUCGAGUGUAGCCGGUCCCGGGCAACCUCCCACCGUCGUAUCGAUAGCAUCCCACUCGAACUCGCCCGCUACGGCUCCCGGUGGUGUACAUAACAACAGUUCGUCCUCGUCUUCCUCGUCUACGGUCGGGUCUCAUCACCACCAUCACCACCAUUUGCAGCAGCAGCAACAACAACAGGUGCAACAUCAUCAUCACACGCGUCCAACACCUCCACCAUCGAGCGAUCGUGGCGGAACAUCGUCCUCCGCCUCGAUUGCCGUGUCGUCCCCAUCCUCGUUUCCGUCGGCACCACUGUUCGCAACACCGAUUCCACCACCAACAAGCGUUUCCCUGUCCAGUCCUGCUAGCGGUGGUUUGUCUGUGGCGAGUGUUGCCGUCUCAUCCGCAGCUGGUGCUGCAGGACCACCACCUCCACCACCUGCCGCAACCCAUCCACAUCCAUUCUCGGCCGAAUCUCUGUUCUCCACGAAAGCUUCUGACCAAGCAGACAUGUUACGGCGUGAGCUAGACAACCGGUUUCUGGACCGUAGUGGGUUAACGGCGGUACCACCGGGACCUCCGUAUCUACGCCAGGAACUGCACCACCACCAACACCAGCACACGCAUCUGCACCAGCACCAGCAUCAACCGAUGCUGCCCGGUGCGGCCGGUGGUGCACCCGCCAUCUUUCCGCCACCCCUCUUCAAGGACGUGCCUAAAAUCGGUGCCGUCGAUUCGCCCUUCUACCGGACAGGGAUUGGGAUGCCGGCCUAUCCGGGGUAUCCGCCCGGAUUGCUGCAUCCCGGGUUGAGCGGACCGACACAGUUUGUGCCACCGAGUCAUCUACAAUCGUUCGUGCCGAAGCAACAGACGCCACCGGUCGAUCCAAACAAAAAGAAAACUGGAAAGUGGAACGCAAUGCAUGUGCGCAUCGCAUGGGAAAUCUACCAUCAUCAGACGAAGCAGAACCCGGACAAGGCGGCCUCCAUGAAGACGGCGUCGGAGAUGUUGCGACCACCGUCGCACAUGUACCCACCGUCGGCGGCGGCUGCGGCUGCGGCCGGGCUCGUACGUCCGCACGAUCUGCCCUCGUCCACGUUCCCACCAGGAGGCCUUCCCGGGCGACCGGGUCCUUACGAGUCGACACCAUUACCGCCCAGCUUCAUGAGCUCCCCGGCUAGUCACAUAGGUGUUUCACCAUUUGGGCGAUAUGCGUCACCGUACGGUGGUUCGCCGUUUAGCGGCCUAUCACCAUUCUCGCGGGACAUUCCGAUGGGAUCGCAGAUCCCAGGCUCGUUACACGAUCCGUGGCGCAAUGCCCUACCGCGUAGCGUUAGUAGCUUUCCACCUGGGCCCCAACCAGCAGGUGGUUCGUGGCCACCGAUAAAGCAAGACCCGGGCCUGGCAGCCGAAACGGCACGCCGCGAAGCGGAAGAGCGCGAACGGCAACGGGAGCGCGAGGAACGGGAACGCGAACGACAACGGCGAGAGCGAGAGGAGCGUGAAAAGCAACGCGAACGAGAACGCGAGGAAAAACUACGCAAGGAGCAGCAGGAACGCGAACGGGAGCGAGAACGCGAACGGGAGCGGGAACGCAAGGAAAAGGAACGGCGGGACAUGGAACGGCGGGAGAUGGAACGGGAGCGGAUGUUGCAUCAGCAGCAGCGUGAAUCGAAGGCUGCCGCUGCGGCGGCCGCCGCUGCAGCCGCAGUUGCCUCUAUCAACCGGGACCGUUCGCCACUGCGAAACGGAACCGACCUUGACAUCCGGAUCAAGGAGGAACCACGGAAGGACGAUGAGCUGCUGAUGCGAAGUCAUGCGGCUGCGGCAGCUGCUGCCGCUGCCAGCGAUCCCCGUUACCACCCAUCGAUGAUGCCCCACCCGUAUAUGGCCGGUCGGCAUCCGGCCGCCCAUAUGCUACCGGGCGGCCAUCUAUCCCGCUCGAUGUUGCCACCCUCGAUGGGGCUUCCAACGCACUUCUCACCGCACGGGUCCUGGGGUCCGGAUCCGUUCCGGGACUAUCGGCUCGAUCCGCUGCACCAUCCCCUGCGCUACAACCCGCUAAUGGACGCGUACCGGGCGGAGGAAGCGAAGGCAUCGCUACUGUACGCCGCCCAAACGGCGGUACAUUUCCGCGGUAAGGAACCUAGCCCGGUGCCACCGCCCCAACAGCAGCAACAACCACAGCAACAGCCACCUCCACCCCACCACCGAUUACCGCCCGGCAGUGGUGGACCGCCUGGUGGAGGCGGAGGACCACCCGGACAUCCGCCCGGUUCCGGUACGCCCGGUGCGACGGGUGGACCGCCCGGUUCACUCAAAUCGCACGGUUCCUCCACACCCACGAACGGACCGGGCGUAAUGGGCGGUGGUGGAACGCCCGGUGGUGGAGGAUCGGGACCUCCACAGUCCGCGGGCGGUAUGACACCGUCGUCCGUGCCGAACUCACUGCCCACGUCGCUCGAUAUGCACAAAAAGGAGGACACCUGCCAGUCCCGAUGAUAGUCGGUGGGUGGCGGCUCGUUGGUGGCAGUCGGUGGCAACGGUAGCCCCCAUCCUUCAGCCGUAACGACUCCAUUGAUCGUAAUCGUGGACGAUGACUAGUACUCGAAUCAUAAGCGUGUGCGCGUCGACAGCAGCGAAAUCAAACUCCGACAAACAUCACUCCAAAAGGGACUUUCAACCUCAAACUCAAGGCAAAACAAAAAACUCUCCGUUAACUGACAAGCAAUAGAACAAGCAACAGGAAGAAAGAGAGAGAGAGAAAAAGAGAGAGAGAGAGCGAAAAACAGAGAGAGACAGAACACGAGGGAGCUGGAAAGCGAAGGAGAAGGAGCUCAUACAUAUAGCAAUCUUUUACUCACCUUUAUCUUCGUGAUGCGGGUGAUGCGAAACUCACCCGUCACGGGAAUACCUACUUCCGUUUUGCAUUCAAAACCCUUGGGACCAUACGCUCUAAACGUGUACCACCCUUCUUUUUCCCCAAACGUCAACAACACACACACACAAGAUAACAUGAGCUUCCUCUUCAAGGUGUUGGGUAGGCGGCGCAAAGUAACUAUGGAGCAGUAUAAAAUCAAACCAUCCGCGAAAAACGACGGGCGAGCAAUGCAAAUGCGAUCGAGAACUGGGCGCGAAAGACUGAACACACGAGCGGUUCGAAGGGAAGCAGAUCUCCCUAAUUUGUAAUUUAAACGAGAGCAAAACACAGUUCAACAACGGCAGCAGAGAUUCCAAGAGCACUUUCGGUGGAAGUGUUGGAAACAACGCAACAGCAUUUACAGGAUUAAUUUCGCUUUUUUGUUUUGUUUUGGACUGAAAGCGAGUGGCUUUUGUAACCCGUGUUGUUUUUCAAGAACAGUGGAAAGGGCUUUAGUAAAUGUUGCAAUGCAAUAGACAUAGGCAGAACGAAAAAAGCGCACAAAAGCAAUAGGCUUGUAGUAGCCGGCGGAACACGUUUAUUUUGCGAUCACUCUUUUUAUUAGUUAAUUGUAUUAUACCUGUUUUAUUGUAAAUAAUCAUCCACACACACACACACAUACACACGCAAACACGUAUACAAAAAAAUGCAAUGGCCUAUUUUGGAUGUACAACCGGAAACGCUUUCACUUGCGCAGUCCGUUCCGUAUCAGUAUCAGCCGGAGGAAAGAAGGGACACACACACACACACAAGCAGGACUUGUGUCACUCCUUCACUUUUUUCCUCUUCUCUUUCCAAACCCAUCCUGUUCAUCACCUUCCCGUUCCUGUUCCUUCCCACGUGCACAUUCCAAAGUAUGCCAAAACAAAAUGGUGGCAGAUGAGGCACACAAAAGUAAUAAACCACAUUUAACACACACACACACAACCAAACUCACACAUUAGCAAAAUGGAAUAGGUAGAUGGAAGUUCAGUUAGGCAAAGAGCUGGGGUGAGAGAGAGAGAGAGAAAGAGAAAGGAGUUGCUUCUACUACUACAACUACUACUAAAAAGAAAAACGAUACUCAAAACAAGGAUAGGGCGCGAUUUGACGGUAUUUGUGUUGAAAACAUAAACCACAUUUGCAUUUAUUAAUCGAGUGAGCGAGGUGGGAAGCGAAACUGUUAUGUGGAGCUUUUGUCGAGCCGAAAGCUAUCCUCGUCCUGUUUUUUUUUUUUCUUCCAAACGAUCCUCUGCUGCUACUACUGGUCUGUUUUUCGGUGGUUUAAAUUCAGUACAAGACUGGUUCUGCUUGAUGCGGAGAUGAUGAUGGGGGGUGUGUUUUUCUCUGCCGGGCUCUUAGAUGAAAGAACCAUGCAGAAAACCAAUCACUCAGUGCCACUUCACUAUGUGAGCCACGGUUCCCCAGCCUAGCACCACUUCGAUAGGACUGAUCUAUCCGGUUGCACAGGUGUGUAGGUGGGUCCGACCGGAUACGUAGGGAAGGGGGGGGGGGGGGGGGGGGGGAUGGUGGCAUUAGCCAAAAACCAGCACUACUGUGUGUGUGCGCACACAGUGUUUCCUCACGCUGGGGUUGAAACGAUCUCUCCAGGAUUUAGUUAGGGGUGUGACGAAUGGAAUGAAGAAGAAGGACGCAAGGAUGAUCCCAGAUAGGUAAACACGAAAGGGGGAACAGUGGAGAUGAGCCUUUCAGUGGAACAGCUUCUAACAAGGUAGCUAUAUAUAUAUAAACACAGACACACACACACACCCACAAACACAUAUUAUACAUAAGUAGGAAUGCGGAGGAAUAAUGUGCGCAUCUGACGGAAAAAAACGAAAGCAACCCCAAGAGGAUGUAGCCGCACUAGCAUUAGUUUAAUUUAAUUAUAUUUCGUUUUAAAUAUAAUUAAAUAUUAUUUAUUCGAUAGUCAGUUUUUUUAAAUUGUAUAAACAGAAAAAAAACAAAUCAAGGUUAAAGUAAUUUACAUUAAAAGAAAACGAAACAAACACGUGUCGCCGGGGAGCGCUCAAAACGCGCGGAAACAUUUAUUAAAUAAACGCGCCUGAGAUUAUGGAACGUUGUGAGGGGGAGGAGGGGGGGGGGGGUUGUGAUGGAAGGAUGAGAAGUGCGUGUGUGUAUGAGUGUGAGUGAGUGAAUGAACACGUGCGUGAAUGGGUGGAGUGAGUGUGUGUGCGUGUAGAAGACCAAGAGAAAAGAAGAAGAAUCAAGCUACAAUACGUAAUCGAGGACGAGACGAAGAAAUAAUUGAUCGUUACUUUUUUUUUUGCGUUCUUUUGAGAAAAAAAGUUUCAAAUGCGCGUUAGUAGGUGUAUCGUGGAAGCAAAAAAGAAAACAGCAAACCGUAGCGAAAAUAUUAAUAAGAAAUGAGAGAGAAAGAGAGAAAAAGCGGCGGGGAUAGGGGGAGGGGAACCAGCCCUUUCCAUUCUUUCUUCCGUUUUCGAGAAAUUAAUGCACAGAAAUCUGGCACCAGAUUUUUCAUGUCUGGGGAACGAUAUUUGUCGACAAAACGCAUUGUAAAUGUGUGACACGAAUAAAGAAAACGAGGGAAAGAGAGGGAAAGCGAGAGGGCUAGAAUAGUAACCUCCGACGUGCAUACAUACACACACACACACACACACUUACACCGAGUGGCGGAUCAAACCAAGGGCGCCGGUCAAGAUAGGUUCUACCACAUUGAGUACUUGGAAGAUAUGUUGCCUGACUGAUAGACAUGGAUCAAUUUUCUUACGAGCGACCGUUGGUGGGAAGAAUUGCUCAUAAUAUCUUAGGUCUGGUUUAUCAAUUUCGAUCGAACAGUCUCAGGCUCUCUUCAUGGGCAUCUUGUCCGAGGCCCUUUUAUACGAGGAAGCUGACAGGACCCUUAGUAAUCGCCUAAUCCGCGCUAGAUCCGCCACUGCACACACUAACUAACACACACAUAGAGGAAAUUUUAAAACUGAAAAUAGGGGAAUCAAAAUUGUUAGACAAAGCAGAACAAACAAUACACAAGGAAGAAAAUAGCAAUCCAGUAAAAGGAAGUUCACCUCAUACAAAACAAUACAAAACCAAAUACACACACACUCACACUCAUUACAAAACACACACACACACACACACACACACACACGCAACAGAGAAAAAAGAAACAUUUUACAUAAAAAUAAAAUAAAAAAGAAACAAAACAAAUUAUACUCAAAAAUUAUCAUUAGCUUUUCUUGUGUUGUUUUUUCUUUGUUAAUAUUUUUUUUUCUUUUGUUAUGCUAUCUUUUGAAAGAGAGUUUUUUGUUUGUUUGUUUUUAGGUUUCUUAGCAAACGUGUUCAAUAUUUCCUAAAAAACUACACUGAUGCCACUUCCCAUAGCAGCACAUCAAAUUUACGCUUGAAUAUUUUUCUAUAAAAUUUUUAAAAUUAGUAAAGUAGCAUAUCGUUCACGGUUUGACGAAUGUGAUAAAAAAAACAUAUUUGACUUAGAAUUGAAAAGGCUCGAAGAGUAUGAUCAUAUUUGCAAGCAUUUAGAGAUUUAGUAUUUUCCGUUUGAAUGCUUCUAAUUCAGUCGGAAGCAAUUAGUAGUAUAAGCUGGAAAAAAGUUCAACCUCGACGGUCAAAGUGUAUUUGCAGGCCAAUGGCCAAGUCCUUAGAGACAUUUAAAUGUUGUGUGCUGACUUCACGAGGCUUUCACAGGCCAUAACUGAUGGCUAGCAAUGAAUGCUAACUGUCGUCUAAAGACGUCAUGUUUCUACAUAAUUAUUCCUUCACUUUUACAGCAGUUCUAGAAGUCGUAUUCUUCUGAUAAUAACAUUUAGUUAGUUCAGCGAUACUUCACAGUUGAUUGCAAAAUGCCAUAAUCUCGUUGCAAAAUUCUCCUCACUGUAUGGAAGAUUCCAUUACAUGAUUGCAAUGUUCUGGGACGAGUUUGAAAUAUUCCCCUAAGGGAUUGAACAAUUCCAUUAUACGGAAUCGAAACACUGCAGGAGUUCUUUUGAACUUGACAGUGCAGUUUUAACGAUUUAGGGUGAGUUUGAAGACAACUUUGUCCAUAUUAUGUCCAGAACUGUUCAACUCGCUCAAGCCUUGACCCAAGUCAACGAGUCUAAUUCCAAUGUCAAAUUCGAAAAAGGUAACAAAAAAACACAAUUGAAAUCAAAUCAAAUUCAGGACAAUUGAAUUACUACUCAGUUUGUUGCUAAAUAAAUAAUAAAUUAAAUUUUUAUUUGUUGAAAAAUCAAGAGCAAAUCCUCUCAGUAAUUUAUUUUCAUUUUUAAGGUGUGGCUAUAGAAACUGGUAUCAGUGUAGUAGAUGAUGUAUUGUGAAAUGCGCUGUAAUAGUAGUAGUAGCAGGUGAAGCAGUAACCAGGUGAAAAAGAUGGCUGCCCCGUUACACUACAUCCCGAUUCCGAUCCGCUCCGAUCUCGUGCGGUUCUCGUCGCUCGGAUGGAAAGCUCUCGCAGUUCGUGACCGAACCUUCUUGGACCGCACACACGGAUGCACGGUUUCCGUCUAGCUAGCUUGUCCGGCAAAGAGCAAUAAACGUGAUAUAAAGUGAGGCAAUAAUAAGUGACAAACUGCUGGAAGACAUGUUGUAGUAGUUCUAGUAGACCCCUGUAGGUAGUGUUAGUAGUGCGCAAUGCUUCACCGUCGUUUACCGCAACCAUCCUCCCGACAGGACGCAAUCAGAAGCGAACCAGCAUGUGUGUGUGUGUGUGCGUUGUGGCAGUAAGUCAAUACAAGCUCGGAAAAAGCUUCCCUCUACCAAGUAGACCAAAAGCACAGGAUUCGAGAAUGUGUAUGUGUAACUCGGGUACGUCUCCAGUUUGGGGAAGGUUGUUUUGUUGUGGUGGUGGUGGUGGUGAUGGUGCAACACUAAUCAAAAACACACGGAUAAGCAAAACUCUUUAAACAAAAACCUCUACCAGCAGAGAGAGGGAGAGAGAGGUGGAGCGAAAGAGAGAGAGGGAGAGACAAAAGUGAUCGAAUUAAAAAAACAAAACAUAAAAAACGCUGCUUUCAAGAUGGCAGCAGCAGCAUCAGGACGCCUUUUUUACUGUGGCAUUUACGAAUUAUUAUUCCUCCCGGAUAACCUGGACUGAACACACCAGUUUGUGUGUGUGCGUGUAUGGGAGUGUACUCACACGUGUACUAUUUAAGAAACAGAGCAUGAGAGAUAAACGCGUUAAGUGCAGCUAGCGAAAUGAAUGACACACGUAAUACUAACACGCAGCGGCGACACUUAGUAUGCGCGUCUACAAACAAGGAAAACAAGAAGCGGAAACCAUGUAGAGAUAUUGAGGGUGUGUGGGGGAAAAAACCCGAGGAACUCGUAUCGUAUAUCGCAAGAGUAAAACUAACGAAACACAGAUUUAAACAAAAUAAAGCGCAAACAAUUACAAACAUACAGACCCGUAGCAUGUAGAGACCUUUACAGUAGUAGUGGAUGGUUGGAGAGUUGCGGUAAAUGCAAGUGGGACAGCAAAGGAGGUGUGUCUGUGCUGUUUUAGGGUGCACGGAAAGCAAAAGCAAGCGGUUGAAAAACGCGAUUAGAUGUUUAAGUAAGUUUAUUGAAAAAAAAACAAAGCAAACAAAUUAAAAACAGCAAAGAAAAGAAGAAAAAACGGUGAAAGCAAAUGAAAAUGUAACAUAAUAUAAUAUCGUAAAACAAAACACACACACAUACAUAGAAGACCAAAGCGCUGAUAUAACAGCAGCGGUGAUGCUAGGUAGUAGGUGGAUAAAGCAAACAGUUAAAAAGAACACGCACACACACACACGACGCGAGAGUUAAAAAAAACGUCGAAUGAUAAAAGAUGUGUAAGUAAUUUAAUAAAACCAAAAAAAAACCUAGAUUGUGACCUAUAAUGAUAUGAAAAACAGAGAAGAGAAAAAAAACAGAAGAAAAACACAACAAAGAGGGAUUUAUUUAACCUCUUUUAAAAAAACGGAAACCCCGAAUUAUUAACAAAAGGAUACAGCAGCAAGGGUGAAAACCGGGGAUGUUAAAUAAAGAAGUGUCGUAGUGACAAACCGGGACGACAACCAGUUUUAGAGCCGAAAACAACCUGUUAUGGAAAUGUGGUGUGUGUGUGUGUGAGAGAGAGAGAGAGAGAAAAAGGGAGAAGGAGAGAGAGAGAGAGAGAGUAAUAUAUUAAAUGUGCUUUCGUUCUAAAAAGCGUUCAAAGCGAAUUCGGAGGACGAUUAACUGAUUCAAAUCCCAAUUCUAACCAACACUCACACACACACGCAUACAAACUCCACAUUUUCCCCACGCCUCAAAGGAAAAGUGCAUACUAUUGUAUAGUGCAAGAGAGAGAGAGAGAGAGAGAGAGAGAGAGAGAGAGAGAGAGAGAGAGAUAAGCGUACGGAAAAAAGGAACAACAAAAUAGCAAGAGUUCACGUGGGAAUGAUUUAAAACACAGGUCGAAAAAAAAACGGUUUAAAAGGCGAUAAAAUGGCUUAAAUGAGGGUAGGACGAAAGUAAGACAUCCGACACACAAAUUAAACUGUCGAAUCCUGUACAGGUGAUUCGCGCGAAACGUUAUUUAGAGCGUUUAAGAGUAGCAAGUGGAAGGUGUGAUUAAUAAAUGAAAUUAAGAGAGAAAGAGAAAGAGAGAGAGAGAGAGAGAGAGAGCGAGACAGACAGAUGCAAAGUACAGAAGUAAAAAAAAAACAGAAAGAAACGUGGAUCAUCGUACUCAAAUUGUAGAAGGGAAUAUUUUACACACAUACGCCCAUCCACACACACACACACUCACAUAGGUUUGAGAUUGUGUGCGUGUUUAGUAGAGUGGGUGAUGUU